AAACGUAUCAGCAUACUCUUGAUUUGACGCUGGCGCUGGCGUUGACGCUCGCGGCUGCUCGCGGCACUCGUGCUCGGGAAGUCGGGACUGUCGGGAGGGAUUGGAGGGAUGCGCACGUAGGGCGAUUGACAAGUCCUUCCGCCGCUUUGCGUGUCCCGUGUGCGAUUUCCAGGACCAACCUAUCGCAACGAUCGCACGACAAUGACUGACGGCACCGGGAACGAGGAUUCCACGGCGUUCAACUCCAUAUCCGAUCCAGGCAAGGCCAACGCCGGCACAGCGGGUGCAGUAGUUUUAUAUUCGACCGCACAAGCAUGGCGAGCCCAGUUCCACCGCAGUCUCACACGUACCAGCGUCUCGGAGUCGUCGGACGAGGAGGAGGAGGAGAAUCUAUCUCAGUAUCAAUUCGAGGAUGACUUGGAGUACCUCAGGUCGCUCGAUCCAAGAGAUUGGAAGGAUCAGGACCACUACGCUGUUCUAGGCUUGAAAGAUCUCAGGCACCGGGCGACCGAAGAUCUUAUCAAAAGAGCUUACAAACUAAAGAUACUGAAACAUCAUCCCGAUAAGCGUAAGGCGAUGGGCGAGGAAAUCCGACCAGACGAUGAUUACUUUACAUGUAUAACUCGUGCCUGGGAGACUCUCGGGAGUCAGGCGAAGAGGCGAAGCUAUGACAGUGUGGAUCCUUAUUUCAAUGACAGUUUACCAGAGGAGAAGGACUGUCGAACCAACUUUUACGAGGUGCUGGGUAAAUCAUUCAAAGAAAACUCACGGUGGUCCGUGAAGAAACCCGUGCCGCGAUUGGGCGGGCCAUUCACGCCACGAGAGAAGGUAGAACAGUUCUACUCGUUCUGGUAUGACUUCGAUUCCUGGCGCGAAUACUCGUACCUCGACGAGGAAGACAAGGAAAGUGGUCAAGACCGGGACAUGCGCAAAUGGAUCGAGAAGAAGAACAAAGCCACCAGAGCAAAACGGAAAAAAGAAGAGAUGGCGCGAAUACGCACUUUAGUGGACAUGGCUUACAAUAUAGAUCCUAGGAUAAAGAAAUUUCAGCAAGAGGAUAAGGAGAAGAAAAACGCUGUGAAAAGGGCGAAGCAGGAGGCAGCGAAAGCCAGGCAACAGGAAGAAGAGAGAAUAGCGCGGGAUGCGGCGGAGAAAGAAAGAUUGGAGAGAGAGAAGAAAGAAUCCGAGGAAAGGGCGAAGCAAGAUGCACUGAAACAGGAACGAGAGGUGCAAAAGAAGGCGUUGCGCAAAGAAAGAAAGGCGUUUAGAGAUUUUUGCAAGGCUAACGAUUACUUUGCCAAAAACUCGGAAGAGAGUCUCCGGCACAUGGAGAGCGUAGAGAAGAUCUGCGAACUGUUCAAGCUCGUGCAGCUUGAAAAGGCAAUGAAGAAUCUUCAGACUAAUGGCAGAACUGCAUUUUUGAAUAUUGUUGAAGAAGCUGAACGAAGAAUCGAAGCGGAACGCCGGGUUAAUGUGAUUAAUAAUGACGCGAAAAAUACACCCGAUAAACAGAUUAAGACUUGUACCGCACCUUGGAGCGAGAACGAUUUGCAACUGUUGAUAAAAGCAGUCAAUUUGUUCCCUGCCGGUACCAAUCAACGUUGGGAAGUAGUGGCGAAUUUCAUCAAUCAACACAGCAGUUCCACCAGUGGAGUCACCCGCGACGCCAAGGAGGUUCUGGCAAAGGCCAAGAGUCUGCAGUCAACUGAUUUUAGCAAAUCGAGUUUAAAAGAACAGGCAAAUAAGAAAGCCUUUGACAACUUCAUUGCCGAGAAAAAAAGUAAAGAAAUUAUUGAAGAAAGAAUGCCAGCUGUUACGGAGCGUCUAGACCAUCCAAUCGCGAACGGCGUCGCCGCCGAAGCUAAAGAGGCGAAAAAGGAAUCGGCACCGUGGACACCAGGUGAACAGAAACUCCUGGAACAGGCACUGAAGACUUAUCCUACAACGGUCCCAGACAGAUGGGAUCAGAUCGCGGCAUGUAUACCCACUAGAACGAAAAAGGAAUGCAUGAAAAGAUACAAGGAAUUAGUCGAGCUCGUGAAAGCGAAGAAGGCGGCGCAAGUGACAAAAUAAUAUUAACUGUACGCUAAGCUCGAAAUUUCCUUCUAACUUAUUGAACUCUAGUUCAAUUUCGCGAUUCCGAAGCAAUGGCUAUUUCGUUCCUUGAAACGGAAUUCUUCCCUAGAGAAUUUUAAACAAAAUUUAAGACUGGAAGACAAGAACCUUAGCUUACUCAUUGAGUGCCAGUUCGCGUGCAUACUUGUGCCUUGCUACAGUCGAUACGUGCACAAAUUAGUUGCACGGCAUACAGAGAAAUUCGACGUGUUUUGUUCAGUCGAUUCCACGAUACGUUUUAUUCCUAUGCGCCGUAACAUCUUGAACGUACACUUGAAGCCGUGCUGCUACCCGACCAUUACUUCCGUAAAGAUGAUGCUUAUGAAAUAGGAAGAUCUCUUAUGUUUUUAUUUGGCAACAUAUGAAUUUUUGCGACCGACUUACACUUCAUAUUGUAAGUACUGUAAAAAGAGGAGCUGCUGGCGCCACGCAGAGGCAACGGCUAGAGGAGAACAAUGGACUUUAUAAAUAAACGAGAAUGUUUGGAAAAGGA